AUAUCCGUCAUUCUCCGUUGAGUGGAGCAACCUCGUGGUUCAAAACGGUCGGUUACCGAUAGCGUCGCUCCAACGGCGGGACGACGACGCGCCGUACCUUUCUCGUUUCGAGGACGACGAUGAAUUGUUAUCGCGCGACGAUACAUUCUUUAUCAAUUACCGCCGCACGCGCUCCCGCCUGAUUCUUGUAUAUACAAUUGUCGGUCGGCCGCACACACUCGCGGCCCCUUUGCAGAAUACACCCAUUAUUAUUUACGCGUGGAUAUUGUUAUAUGAUAAGAUUAAGGUGAAAGUGACGACGAUAAGAGAUGGAUUCUUUUAACAAUUACGGCAAGAACGACUUGUCGGAGAUGUAUCCGUCGUUCAUUAAUUUGCACGAGGACGAGAACGAUCAUUUGCUCUUGGAUAUGGAUUCUCUGGUGCCCAGACGGAGCAAUUUCUUAGCGAGUCGCGAACCGGCCAGGAAGAAAUGUUCCUUCGGUGACGAGAGCGAGGAGAUUGACGGCACCGGGUGGUCGGACAAACCUAUCAGAAACUGGUGUCAGGAGGAAACAAUAAACUGGCUUAUGUCAGCCGCGUCGUACAUGGGCCAGCCUUACAGCUCUAUUCAGCACAGUCUCGCCGUUCCCGGGAAAGAAAUCGUCGCUUUUACGCGACAAGAUUUUAUCAAUCACGAUCCUGUAUACGGCGAUCGAUUGUACGAUCUUCUUCACUCACAACGCGUUUCGAAUCUGUUGCCGUCCUUUGGUACUAUUCAGUCACAAUCGGAAGACGAGUACGCGCGAAUCAGUUCCAGCAACAUAUCCGACGCAGAGUCAGACAACAGCGUGGACAUUGCAACCAAAAGACUACCUGGUAGACCGAGAGUAUUAAAAACAAAAAAGAAUCCUGCCAGUCAAGGUAAACUAUGGGAGUUCAUCAGAGAUUUGUUACGUAAUAGAGAAACAUGCCCCAGCUUAAUUUGCUGGGAGGACUAUUCGCAAGCUAAGUUUCGCUUUGUGAAAAGCGACGAAGUGGCGAAACGAUGGGGUUCGCGAAAAGGAAAUACAAAAAUGACUUACGAGAAGCUUAGUAGAGCUAUGAGGUAUUAUUACAAAAGCAAAAUAUUUCUACCGGUGCUCGGUCGAAGAUUGGUGUACCAAUUUGGUCCGAAUGCGAAGGGAUGGCAAACGGACAACCCGAAUUUCCGGCACUAAAGCGACUUUAUCGAGUACAAAAGAAAAAGUCCACGAUGACUGAGUAUGGAAUAGAGCUGGGGUGUAAAGUUCAGUACAUUCUGCUUUCUUUUGCAUUGAAAAAAAAAAACAUUUCUCAAGAUCUUUUGUGCGAUUGUACUUCGAGUCAAGUGUGGCUAAAAUAUUUUCUUGGUCAAAUGACUUGAUACAACACGACAUGAUGAAACAUGUUGUAACAAAACUAUAAAUAUGUAAUAUGAAGGAAAAUAAGAAUUUAAUUUUCCUUCCUUUGACUCAGGUUUUAUGUAACUUACAGGUAAAUACGAGCAAAUACUGUUUCAUUAUAUUCUU